CCUGCUGGACAGUGGAGAGCUGGAGCCCCCCAUCGAGACGCUGGUGCCAGAGACCGAGACAGACCUGGCGCUGGAGCGAGCCAUGUUCUCCUGCGUGCUCCGGCCCCUGAGGGCCCCCCUGGAGAAGGCCCUGGUGGCGCUGCACAACCGGGACGGCUCCAGCCAGCGCCUCACCCAGAACCUGCUCCGUCUGAAAGGGGGCGGCGCCAUGGAGCGGCUCGGCGUGCGGACCGGCGUGCCGGACGGCCGGGGGGUGGAGCGGGUGAGGCAGAAGCUGGUGCUCAUGCAGAGGACGCACUCGCCCGUGGACAAGGUCCUGCUGCUGCUGCAAGUCUGCAAGUGUGUCCACAAGGCCAUGGGCGUCCUGCUGGGACAGGAAGUGAGCUGGGAGGACUUCCUGCCGGCCCUGUCCUAUGUGCUGGUGGAGUGUAACCGGCCCCACACGCUGCUGGAGGUGGAGUACAUGAUGGAGCUGCUGGAGCCGUCCUGGCUCGGAGGGGAGGGUGGUUACUACCUGACCAGCGUGUUCGCCAGCCUGAGACUGAUCCAGGGUCUGGACGGGGAGCAGCCGGCGGCGGGCGGCCUGACGCCGGAGGCCCGGGAGGCGCUGGAGGAGUGGAGCAGCAGGCGGAGCCGAGAAGCCCAGAGACAAAAGGAGAGCCAGCAGAACCAGAGGUGCGUGAGGAUACUGUUCCAGGACGGGGAGCGCAGCGCCGUGCGGACCUUGCAGUGGCGAGCGGGGGAGAGCAGCCAGGUUCUGGCUCAGCUGUGCGCCGACAGCUUCGGCGUGUCCGACCCGCAGCAGUUCACUCUGUACUGGCGCAGCGGGGGGGAGAUGAGGCCGCUGCCCCCCCAGGCCCAGCCCCAGGACCUGGCCGGCCACAGCGAGGGGGGGCCCUCGCUCUCCUACCUGAGGACCGACCACGACUUCAGCAAGAUGCGGCGGCUCACCAGGGGGGGCGCUGUGGACCUGAGCGAGUCGGUGUGUGAGGAGUGAGUGGGAGGGAGGGAGGAAGGAGGGAGGAAGAAGAGGAGGAGGAGGAUGGAGGAUCUCUCUCUUCUCUCUCUUGUUCUCUUUCUCUCCGGCAGUGUGUUGUGUCUCGUCGUGGGUCAGGACUUGUGAAAACCCUCCUCCGGACUCGGACCUCACUUGGUGGACUCUCCCCUGAGCGGCGGCGCCCCCCCGACGUGUACAGGCCGAUCCGUGUGCUGUUGUGACAUGGAACAUGUGUAAUAAAUGGAUUUGGUUGUCAAUGUGAAACAUGAGUUCAGAGCAUAGCCUGUACCAUGAGGGGAUUACAUCAUCAGAACGUGACCAGGCUCAAAUCCAAAGACCAGUUCUGUGCCACUAUGGUUGCCUGGAAACCAAGCCCCACUUCCUGUCCUCACCAGUAGGGGACCAGUCCGCGCUGGUGAUGUAACCCCCUCACAUUACGGCUCUGGGCAAAUUAUAACAGACACUUGUUUUAAUGCUUCACUUUUAAUGCGUAAACGUCUGCAGAUCUCUGGAUGGAUGUAAUAGGGUUCGGGGGGGGGGGGGGGGGGGGAAGAGAGAGAGACAAACCUCAAAACCAAAGUGAUGAAAACAGAGAGACGCCAUGUUGUGACCCAUCAGGUGAGAGGAAGCUUUAAACCAUUCAACUCUUUUUAAAAUCACCCAGAGACAGUUUCAUUUGGAUGUCCGUGGAGAAGAACCCGUCUCCUCCGUCCUCCUCCACCGGGUCGGGGACGGGGACAGACGUCCUCUCGCUCUGAGACGCGUCUCGAACGUCCCGCUGACAGCAACUGAUUCACUGAACGACCUGCGAAUGUAUCACCAUCGUUCCUCUCGUUUCAAUCCACCGCUUUGACUUCUACCCUUUCCUCUGGGUCCGGGCCUGAUCCAGAACCCAGGACCAAGGAUCCAGAACCCAGAACCCAGGACCCCCCCCCCCCCUUGCCGCGGUGACUGCUUGAAUGUAAAUGUGUAAAAGUCACCGGCUCCUUCUGCUGACGGCUCCACUCAGUGUCCCUAUCAGUUCACAUGUUGUGUAUUUAAAACCUAACUUUGAUUGUUGGAUUUGUUGUGUAGAUAAUAUCAAACCUUAGUGUGGAUUUCCAGCGUUUCCUUUAGGAAGCAGCGGGGGGGAGACGUGCUCCUGAACGUUGUUGCAUGCUCUGGUGUGGUGUGUGUGUGCGUGAAGCAUGUGUUCAUUGUGGCAGCUCACUAUUUAUUUUUGUGUAAAAGACAUUACGAUGUAUUUUUGUCAGGUAACUUCAGUAACGCAAUAAAAAUUGCAAUAUUU